UGAAGUUUAUUUUAGGGUUUUAUGGCGGGUGCUUGCUCCAUCGCCGUUGUGGCGGCGCCAUCGGCGUCAUUGAUUCGUCGGCUGGGAGGUAAACCUUUCGGGGAAUGUAAGCGCGUGAGAGGAUUUCGGGGCCGGAUCGUCAGUGUUGGAGCACGGAAGAAUGCCGGGGACUUCGAUUUCGAUGAGAUGCCUGUUGUGGAGCAGCGCAAGAAUGGGCGAUUCUUCCUGGAGAUUGAUUCCGAGGAUGAUCAAGAAGAUGAUCGACGUAGUAGGCCGGCUCGCAGCAAAGAAGCCGGUGCUGCAGUGUCCAAGAGAUUGCGGCCAAGCCGGGAAUCCAGUCCGUCUAGACAGGGAGGAGAAUCCAUGAGGCUUCGCAAGAGAAGUGAUUUUGGAGGUGACGAUGAGGUGAUGCCGGUGCCAAAGAAGGAUGUUCCCAGGAAAGAUGGUCGGAGUAGAAUGGUGGAGACGAGGACGAGAACUUCCUCGACUGGUGAGAGAUCGUCCUCAAGUGGUGAAAGAUCGUUUUCAAGUGGUGAGAGAUCGUCCUCUGUAAGAAAGAUGACCGAGGAGACAGCAGAAAGGAUUUCUAGCCGCCGGGAAAAAAAGAAUCCACCACUUCGGGAACAGGUUUAUCUUCCUUCUCUCGUGAAGAAAAAUCCACAGGUGGCGAUUUUGGGUGGUGGGAUGUCGGGCCUUGUGUGUGCUCUUACGCUCGAAGAACGGGGCAUUCGAUCGACAGUUUUCGACACGGGAAAACAUGGACUAGGAGGAAGAAUGGGUACUAGAGACAUUGUCCAUCGUGACGGGAAGCGGCUAGUUUUCGACCAUGCAGCGCAGUACUUCACUGUCAAGGAUCCAAUGUUUCAGAAGCUCGUUGAUCAAUGGCUGUCAGAGGGAGCGGUUAAAGAAUGGGAUGGAGUCGUCGGCAUGCUACGAGAGGGAGAGUUCAGUCCAUUGCCCCACUCCGUGAAGUAUGUUGCGACUCAUGGCAUGCGACUUCUUGCGGAUCAUAUGGUUUCUAAGGCACGUUUGAUCACUAUCCAGCAUCCAUGCUGGAUAAGCUCGAUGGAAGUAGAUAAUGGCACCUGGAACCUCAAGGAAAAUGACCUCGGGCAGGGACAGUUCGAUGCGGUGGUUAUCGCACACAAUGGAAAAUGCGCAAAUCGAUUAUUAGGACCAUCGGGUGCUCCUUUAGUUGCAAAACAGAUGAAGAGGCUGGAGCUAAGCUCUGUUUGGGCUCUUCUUGCGGCUUUUGACGAGCCUUUACCUGCGCCGGCAGACGGUAGUAAAUUGGAUGGAGCGUUUGUUGAAGGAAUAAACUCACUUUCUUGGAUGGGGAACAACAGCCAAAAGCUGUAUCUGAAUCAGCAUCCACAUUGUUGGACUUUUUUCAGUACUGCGGCUUAUGGGAAAAAGCACAAGGUGCCACAGGAAAGCAUUCCUACGGUAAAAGCCGAGAGAGUGAGACGUGAAGUUCUACGUGGAGUUGAGAUGGCCCUUGGCAUACCAGAAGGCACUUUGCCUGUACCAUUUUACACUCGUGUCCAACUAUGGGGAGCAGCGCUUCCAACUAAUACGCCUGGAGUACCUUGCAUUUUCGAUGCACAUGCAAGAGUUGGCAUUUGUGGCGACUGGCUUCUGGGUGCGAGCUUGGAGUCUGCUGCCAGGAGUGGUAUGGCACUAGCUCAUCAUAUUGCUGAUUACUGUGAAAAGUCGCGAGACGGCUACGUCGAGGACAGCAGGGCAAGCCUGGAGAAAUUUAGUAUAGGACUAGACAUGCCACUCUCAGGACUGGAAAGUCAUGACAUCGGGGAAUUUCCAGGAGCUACAACUCCACGGCAGCAGCAAAUCUCCGGCAGAGCACUGGCAGUGGCCAGGGCUGAGUGAACUUGUGGAUAGUAGUCUGGACAAUUUUGGUAAGAUCCCCCCCCUUGGCCACGUCUGCUGCCAAGUCACUUUCUGUGACAUGUCACUUAUCUCGUCAGUAAGAGAUAGCAGUGGUCGCAAGGACUGUGGGGCGCCAUUUCUUUCGUUUCC